CUUUUAGUUUGAUUAAAAAAAAAAAAAAAAAACCAAAACCUUUCUUCCUCUCUCUCACUCGUUGGAACCAAAGGAAGAAAUCAGAGUCAUCUCCUUCCUCUGACUUCUUUUGCAUUCUUCCUCUGAUUUUCGCAAGAAGAACAAUAGUGACCGCCGUCUCCUCUAUCUUCGAUUUUCGAAGGAAGUACAACAAUGGCUCCUACUCCUUGAUUCUGAUUUUCGAAGAACAAAAAAAAAAAAACAAAACCAAUCUUUUCCCUCUGAUUUCUGAAAGAAAUACACAAGAACAGCAUCAGAAACAACAAACACUAAAGAGCGUCUUCUUGCCUUCUCUUGAUUCGAAAAUCAGCAAUUGCUUUGUUCUUGGUCUCUAAUACCGCACAUUACUGGAGGUGACAUCAUCGAAGAACCCUUCUUGUGAUCGCAGAGAACCAGACUUAGCUUCUUGAAGCGUCAUUGUUUGAUUACAGAUCGAAACCGGUCGGGAACGAUGGGUUAGCGGUGUUGAAUAGCGUUCCAAGGAUGUAUAUUGAGCUGAGCACGUGGGAAUUUGUAGUUUUUAUUAGGUUUUUGGAUAAAUGUAUAUUAGUCUUGGUUGUGUUGGUUAUAUGGGAUUUGAAAUGAAUUGUAUGAUUACUCGUGUUUUAGUUAGAUGUUUGGUUUGAGAAUUAGCCGAGUUAGUUACGUUAAAGAGAUGGUGACCCCUUUGCUCAAGUUUUGAAAGUGUGAUUUCAGUUUCUCGGAAAACGAACUCAGUGAUGACCCUGUUUACUCAGUCAACGGUAAGUCAGGUUGUUACACAUUUAGGGUUUUGUCACUGAACAUAAUGGAUCUUAAUGUGUCUAUCAAAGUUUUAUAUAGGAGUAAACUUACUAAAUCCAAAGGUUCUAGUAUGUAUAUUGGAGGUUUUAGUAAAACAUUUUCAGGAUCCGAUUAUUUAUCCAUGGAUUAUUUAAUGUAUUUAGCUAAUAAGUGCAAUAGAGAUAAAGAGAUAGAUGGGCUUUUUUACCUGCUUCUAGCCUUUAGUUUGAAGGAUGGAUUAAGGAAGAAAGUUGGAGAGAAUGAUGUUGUCCAUUUGCAUGUAGUAGUUAAAAAUAGAGUAGUGAAUGUGUAUGUGCUUCACAGAUUUCUAAUUUCAUCCCAACCUAUUCCUGAAACUGAACUUGUAACCCCACAAAUUUCCAAUCCCAUCCCAACUAAGGUCAAUCAAACACACUUUUGCUGAGACUGUAUCUCAACCACCUCAAGCAUUGACUGCAAAUAAUGUUAUUACUUAGCUUAUUACAACUCACCGGUUAGAACGAAGGCAGUUAGUAUCUAAACAGUUAAUAUCUAGGUAGUUUAUGAUAUUAGACUUGAGAUGAAGUAAUGAAUUCCACCAAAAGACAUUUACUUUCAUUACUUUAAUGAGUGUCAUUGUGAAUACAUAGUCAAUACAUCAAAGCCUCUCUACUAAGAGGCAUUCUUACAGCAAAACAAAAAAGACAAAUUCUUCUUAAUGUGAAUUUCAGUUAGAACCCUUUUUCAUAGAGAAAUUAACGAGGAAAAGAGAAAAUGAAGAGAGAGAAAGAAAGUCUAAUGGAGAGAAGAGAAGAAAAAGAAUAGAUAAAGUACAGUCAAGUAGACAUUCAACGUAAUUUAUAAAUUUAAUGGCUGAAAUAAAUAAUAGGAUCCCUUUUAAAUUUAAAAUUGCAACCUAUGAUAGUGGGUGGUGGUAACUUGGAAACCAUUUCUUUACAAAUAAGCAUCAAAGGUUAACCCUUUGUAGAAUAAAAUAAAAGUUGACCUUUUAUUUGCAGACGAGCUAAAGAUUAGCCUUUUAGAUACAAUUUUUCCAAAACAAAAAUAUAAAAAACAAGUCCAAAAAUAUCAAUUGUUGCACAUUACUUCCAUCAUGCACACAACACAUUUUUCCAAUUAGAUAAAUUAGGUAAAGCAUAUGAUUAUUUAAAGACUUUGUCAUUUGUUAUAUUGGAAUUGGUAUUUGGUGUUGUCAAUAGUGGUUGACAUUUUGAGGUCCCUACAUUGACCACUCCACCACAAGCCUCCAACAAGCUCAUUUCCCUUUUUCUUUUCUUUUCCUUUUUGCUUGUCUAAAAUCUCAGAUCUUUGUUUUUAAAACUUCAAACCUAAAGGGGCAAACUGGGGGAGCAAUGGUUGCUGAGCCUUGGUUACUCAGAAUGGGGAAUGAGGUAAGUACCAAUCUCAAGAACUCCCUUAUUUUGAAUCAAACAAGUAAUAAAAAGAAAGAAAAACCCAAUAAAAUUCUUAAACAAACAAUUGGUAUCUUAUCAUUUGAGGUGGCAAAUGUAAUGUCUAAAUUGAUCCAUCUCCAUCAAUCAGUUUCUGAUCAAGAGAUAUCUAAGCUUAAAAAUGAGAUAAUUAAGUCAGAGGGUGUAAAGAAAUUAGUGUCUUGUGAUGAAUCUUAUCUCUUAGAGCUUGCUUAUGCUGAGAAAUUAGAUGAUUUAAAUAGGGUAGCUGAGGUAGUUUCUAGGUUAGGGAAGAAGUGUACUGAACCGGUCUUGCUGGGUUUUGAGCAUGUUUAUGGGGAUAUUAUUUCUGGGAAAAUUGAAAUAAAGGAAUAUGGUUUUUUGGUCAAGGAUAUGGAGGGUAUGAUUAGGAAGAUGGAGAGGUAUGUGGGUUUUACCGCUAAUUUGUAUGGUGAAUUAGAGGUGCUUGAUGAAUUGGAGAAGGUGAAUAAUAAGUGUCAAUUGAAUCAAAAUGGAGAGAGUUAUAGGGCAAUUCAGCAGAAAUUGUCUUGGAAGAAGCAAGAUGUGAGGCAUUUAAAGGAAAUUUCACUGUGGAAUCAGACCUAUGAUAAGGUUGUUGAGCUUUUGGCAAGGACUGUUUGUACCCUUUAUGCUAAAAUAUGUGUUGCCUUUGGCAAUAGAAAUUGUGGUAAGACCGAAAGUGUAAAGAGUAUUGGGAAGGUUGAGAGUAAGCAUAGUCUUAGGGUUAUAUCUUUGUCUAGUGAAAGGUGCGAAAAGAAGCUUCCGACUCAACUAAGUUUGAACAAAGGUGAGAUCGACUUAUUUGAUCUGCGCCGAGAUUUUGUUUAUCCUUGUGCUCCUAGCCCCGGAAGGAUUUUCAUGGAGUGCCUUAGUUUGAGUAGCUCAGCUUCAAGAGUUGAUGAUGAUGAAGAUGACUAUAGUUUUAGUGACCAGGAUAGACACGCCUCUGGGCAUUCUAUCAUGAAUGGCAUGGAGAGGGAGCAUUCUAUUGAUUCAAAAGUUGGAUUUUACAAUGGAGGGGAUCAAGGUAAGGUUUGCUACUCGAUGAGCGCCUCACGUUUUGGCCCCAAAAGUAGGCUUGGCACCCAUGCUACUCCGUCCACUGUUGGCGGCUCGGCUCUUGCUUUGCAUUAUGCUAAUGUCAUAAUAGUUAUAGAAAAGCUUCUCUGCUACCCACAUUUGGUGGGUGAUGAGGCCCGGGAUGAUUUGUAUGAAAUGUUGCCUUCUAGUUUGAGAAAGUCAUUGAGGAUGAAUCUCAAGUCACACUUCAAGAACUUAGCAAUAUUUGAUGGUGCAUUAGCUCAUGAUUGGAAGGAAAAACUUGACCAGAUAUUGAAGUGGCUAGCUCCUUUAGCUCAUAAUACGAUCAGAUGGCAAAGUGAGCGAAAUUUCGAGCAACAACAAAUCGUUAAAAGAACAAACGUUCUUUUACUGCAGACCCUUUAUUUUGCUGACAGGGAAAAAACAGAAUCAGCCGUUUGUGAUUUCUUGGUUGGCCUAAAUUAUAUCUGUCGUUACGAACACCAGCAAAAUGCUCUGUUGGAUUGUGCUAGUAGUUUUGACUUUGGUGAUUGGAGGGAGUGGCAACUGCAAUGCCAGACUUCUUGCCUCAUCUAAUAGGGCUCGAAUCUUAGCGACAUGAACGAAGUAAAUUGUAAAAGGACACAUAGAUCCAUCUCAAUGAAUGAAGUUCAAUCUCUCAAGCUAAGGAUUCGGUAUGAGGCUCAAGCUCGAAAAGACACGUUUUGAGGCGAUUCCUUUAGCGAGAAAGCGACAACCACUAGAAACUAUAGGUAUGACUUUUCCUUUCUUGGCAACAAUGACUUUUUGUUGUUAGUUAGCAUCUUGAUGUCUUCUUUUUUUCAUUGCUAUAGUUAACCUACCCCUCUAGUGAGUAGUGACGGCAAUAAACCUGCUCCGUAUGCAUUCACCAUGUCUUCUUGUGGAUUGUCACAUUAGAUGUUUGUAAUAAUUUGAUGAUCUACAUCUAAUAGUGUAGGUUGUGAAAAUAAUAUACUACUGACCUUAAAGCAUGGUUCUUUUCUUAAUUCCUUGGUGUAUCAUAAAGUAAUGGACAAAAUAGUACUAAAAAGACUGAUUUAUAGGAUUAUCUGUCUGGCUGGGAAUUGUUUUGGUCUGGAGGAUAUUUUAUAUUGAACAUAAUGGCCUGUUUGUACUGUUUUUUAGGGAUGUGGUGAUGUUAGAGGCAAGAACAUGUUUAUAUUGGUUCAUUAUCACUUUACUUUUUGCUUUAAAGUGUUUAUUUUAAAUCUUAUCAUGCAUCUACUACUAGAUUUAAUUAUUAGCUUAAUCAAUAAUUGCCUUGGAGGGGGCACGGGUAUGAUUUGCUUGCUACCCACCUUCCCUCCGAACCCUGACUUGUGCGGGAUACUGAGUUGAUGACUUUGACUCUGACACUUAAUUAAUAAUUGAAGGGUAAAUACUAGAUAGCGGAGGUUUGUACCGUUUCAGUUUGAGUGGGCCGUGCCUGUUCUGCUCUGUUCUGAUCUGUUCGGCUCACUUGCUGGCAUGGCCUGUGUACAUGUUUAUGAUCCAAGUAUUGGUGUGUGUUGAUGAUGUCGAAAAGUGAAAACGCAAAUGUGUUUGUGUUUUGACUACUGCGUGAAUGCGUGUACUACAUAGACAUUGUCUUCUUGUUUGUCUGUUGAUUCUUAUGAUUUGUGCACUGCAUUUUUCAUGUUCUUUACAGUGCUAUAUCUGUGACCUUUGUGUUGAUAUUAGCAGACAGCAUUGCAAGUUAUCGAAGUGUACCGAUAGUCACUAAAACUCGU